UUUUACUUUUGGUUUAUGAUUAUUUCUGUGUAUAUAUAAUUAUGAAAUACACCAAUAUUACAACUAUAAAAGAGUUCAUUAUUAUUGGAUUUCCUGGACUUCCUCCUGAAUAUUAUGGUCCAGUGUCUGUUCUUCUUCUUCUUGUUUUCCUUGCUAUUGUAAUUGGAAAUGGUUUCACUAUAGCUGUUAUCAUUUUUGAGCGGACUCUGCACAAACCAAUAUAUGUGAUCUUUUCUAACCUUGCAAUGACAGACAUCUGCUUUGGCGUGGUGACUCUUCCAAAAAUCAUAGCCAGAUACUGGUGGAAUGACAUGAUCACUUCUUUUGGAGCUUGUUUUACACAGAUGUAUUUUGUUCAUUCUUUGGGAGCUAUUCAGUCUUUAAACUUGCUGAUGAUGGCUUUGGAUCGUUUUGUUGCCAUAUGGUUUCCUUUUAAAUAUCCCGUUUUAUUUACAAACAAAGCAGUGGCUAUUGCUUGCACCAUGUGCUGGGUUUUAACAUUUAUACGUUUGCUGGGAAUUGUGCUUCAUGCCUUAACUUUGCCUUACUGUGACCAGAAUAUUAUCAUGCAAUGUUACUGUGAUCAUAUAUCAAUAACAAGGCUGGGUUGUAGUGAUGAGCGGGAAUAUGUGUACAGUGUUGCACUUGCUAAUGCAAUGGUCACUCUGCUGUUUCCUUUAACAUUGAUAAUUUUAUCCUAUUUUUCUGUCAUCAUAGCUGUUCUGAGGAUGUCUCAGACUGAGAGACGUCACAAAGUCCUGUCCACUUGUGCCCCUCAGCUCUUUAUUACCUGCCUUUACUAUGUGCCAAGAUGCUUUGUUUAUCUUGCUAAUGGUGUGGGAUUCAAUUUUAAUCUUGUUAUUCGGAUUAUUAUUACAAUGUUGUACAGCCUAAUACCUGCUGUUGUGAAUCCAAUGAUUUACUGUUUCAAGACUAAAGAAAUAAAAAAUGUUUUGAUGCAGAGAUUCAAAAAAAGAAAGGUGAGCACUGGAUUAAAAACUGACUGUAAAUAAAUUGUUA